AAGCAGAGAGAGACACGAUGGCUCAAUUCAGAUGGAUUAUAACCUAUUUUUUUCUGAUACCAGUGCUUCAAUUUACAGCAGCAGCAACCCCCUCCUUCACUGUCAGAGUUGGAGAUGAAGUCACUUUGCCUUGUGAACAUGUGAUUGACAGUCACAAUAGUAAUAGUAAUAGUACUACCUGGGUUUUCAGUAAAUUAGAAAACACACCAAAAGUAGUGCUGAUUGGUCGUGGGCGGAUUGCUGAAAACGCUAAAUCAGACAGACUGAGUGUUACAGAGAAAUGUUCUCUGGUUAAAAAGAAGGUCACAGAGGAGGAUGCUGGUCUUUACACCUGCAGACAGUUCAACAAAUCAGGACAACAACAAGGUGAAGACGCUUUGGUUGAACUGUCCAUUGUCACCAUGACUGAACAUAACAGUGCUGACGACGUGACGUUACACUGCUUUGUGUCGACAUAUGAACGGUGUCAACACACAGUGAAGUGGCUGUUUCAGUCUAAAUAUGUGGAAAUAGAUAACCAAGAUUUGAGGACAUCACAGUCUCCUUGCUACACCUCUGUGACCGUUCCUACUUCUCAUUUUAGUUACACAUCAAGGUAUCAGUUCUUUAGGUGUGAAGUGACUGAAGGAGACAAAGUGCAGGAGUUUCCCUUCAGCCCUCAGUCCUCAAGUGAGAAACCAGGUGAAUAAUGAUCAAGCUGAAGAUGAUGGCGUGGUGAACUAUGGAAACUUUAUAGAGCCUUCCUUCUCUGUCAGACUCCCCUGAUCAAUAACUCUUGUUAACUUUCUUAAAUUAUCUUCUAGCUGCAGAUUUCAGAACUGAUUUUAAGAUGUACUGCUUGUUAUUGAAGCUCCAGCAGCUUGUGCUCAGUUUGAUGUUUGUCUCUUCUUGUACUUGUUACAUAUUAAGGACCACAACAAAUUUUUAGCCAACAGAGUGAGGACAUUUUGGCUGGUCCUCACAUUUCAAAGGCCUGUUUGAGGGUUAAGACUUGGUUGUGAGUUUCAGGUCAGAAUUGGGUUUAGGUUAGACAUUUAGUUGUGAUGGUUGAACACAAAAAAACACAUCUUACUCAAUUAAAUGUACAAUGAGUGUGCGUCUCUCCUCCGAUGAUUUCCUCACGUCUCUCACGUGCCUGCUUGGUGGGAGGAACUAAGACGCGAGGAAGGGAGACAAGUAGAGGAGUCGAGAAGGCAAUUUAAGUGACAUGAGGAGCACCUAAUGUCUAAUAUCACAAUGUCUGUUGUCAGUUGUGUGUAUUCCGGCUCAUUCUGCCUCUCUGUCCCCCCUCUUCAGCCACAUUUCCACUUUUAACAAGAGCCUUCAGAAUCAUUCUUUACCUGUCCACCAGAUAACCUCACACUUUUCUCCUUUCAUCCCACAUUGUGCCACUCCCAUCUGUCCUGCAAUCACCUCAACUCUCCUCACCUGAGCUUUCCCUUUAUCUCCCACCUGCACCUCAUUUAGUCAUCACAGCAGCAGAUAAUAGAGAGGCACAGAGUGUGUGUGUUUCCAGCCUUAAUGGAGUCAGUACAGAAAAGUCUUCUCUUUAUUCUAUCUGAUAACAAUAUAAUCUGCAAAUAAAGAAAUGUUCACCACUUCAUUCUACA